CUUCAUUAAGCUUUCCUUAAACAAACGGGAAAGCAAACAUCAAGGGUUCGGUCUUACUCUAUAAAACCCUUCUUCAAUUCUCCUCUUCAGUUUUCAACUAAUAAUGGCUCCAAGAAAGGAGAAUUUCAUGACCAAAAUUUUGAGAGGUGACAAACAGACUCAAACUGCAAGUUUCUUGAAGAGAGAUCCAACCUUGAAGAAAAAAGCACUCGAGCUUCAAACAUUGUGCGACGUCUCCGUCAUCGUCCUACGUUUUGGUCCGGACGGCAGUGUCGAUAUUUGGCCUGAGAAUGAAUCACAAGUAAGAGACGGCGUUAUGCGUUACAAAGAAUUUGAACAAACAAGAAAAAAAGAGAGCAAUCUUUUUGAUUUCUUGGAAGACAAGAAGGCCAAACUUGUCAAGAAGAAAACCCGGUUGAUGAAAACCAAACUUAUCCAUACCUUGUCCAAACAUGUUGAUCGAUUGUCGGGUCGCGAAUUGACCGAUUUUCUUGAUUUUCUUGAAGAAAAGUUGAGGAACUAUCAAGAAAAAAUAGCGUCUCUUGCAAAAGAAGUGGAAUCCGCUAAUCAGCCUCAAGAAAACUGUUGCAAGGAUUGCUCAAAUUUCUCCUAUGGUGGUAGUAGUACAGUUACAAGGACUGAUGAUAAUAAUAUGUUUGGAGGCAAUUCUUGUUUAGGGGCAGAACAACUUAUGGGAGAUUUUAAUGAUCUUAAAUUUUGGUGGGAUGGUGAGAUCGUUCAAAUUUAAUUUACUCCAUUUAGUACUAAUUGGGUGUUUUUUA